AUGAGCUCAAAGGCAGCUCGGAGCUUCGCGCCGCUUGGAAGUUCCCGUUUGAAUGGAGCUGGAUCCGGCGAGCAGCUCAAGGGUGUUGUGUUUGAUAUGGAUGGCACGCUAUGCGAACCACAGAAUUACAUGUUCAAGGAGAUGAGAGACGCUCUCAAAAUUGACAGUGGGAUUGACAUCCUUGAGCAUAUGCAUUCACUCCCAGAACAAGAGCAGAAGGAAGCUUUCACCAAAAUCCAAGACAUURAAAGCAACGCCAUGGUGAAACAGAAACCACAACCUGGACUCAUUACCCUUAUGGAGUAUCUCGAUYGCAACAACAUUCUCAAGGCAAUCUGCACGAGAAAUUUUGACUCGCCCGUGAAUCAUUUCCUGGAGAAUCACAUUCCAAAACACCUCAAUGCGUUUGCUCCUAUCAUCACGAGAGAGUUCAAGCCUGCAAAGCCAUCUCCUCAUGGCAUAUUGCACAUAGCUCACGCCUGGAAUGUCGUGGAAAGUGCCUCUGUUCCUGACACGCCCGCCAAGGAACGUCCAAUUCCUGUGCUGAUGGUUGGUGAUUCCGUCGAUGAUAUGGCGGCUGGGCGGGAUGCUGGCUGCGUUACUGUGUUGUUGAGAAGCGAAGGAAAGGAGGAUCUGGAAACCGAUGCGAGGACCGACGUCGUGAUCAGCAGACUUGACGAGCUUGUGRAGCUUCUUGAGAAUGGUCUUCAAGCUAGAUAG